AUGUUGGGUACUGUUGGCGAGUUUGACUUGCACCUUGGCGAGUUUGUUGAGUCGGUAGCUUUGUGUUUGGUAGUGGCACAACCUAUACUAGUGAGUAGAGUUAUAGAAGCACAAAGAAGUAACCACGAGGUAGAAACCCUCCGGGAGAAGAUGUCUAGUGGGAAGAUAGAGAAUGGCUUGAACGUGUAUCCUGACUCAAGUGUUAGAUAUCUUGACCGUUUAUUCGUGCUGGAGUCUUUCCAAGAGAAGAUUACUUGUUUGCAUGCCCAACUCUGCACUCAACAACAGACCUCUGCAUUGCUCCAAUUUAAGCAACAAUUUUCCUUCGAUAAAUCUGCUUCCGAUUAUUGUGAUAUUUUCGGAAUCCAUUCUUACCUGAAGAUGGAGUCGUGGAAGGAGGGUUCUGAUUGUUGCUCAUGGGAUGGGGUCGAGUGUGACAACAACACAAGUCAAGUAAUUGGCCUCGACCUCAGUUGCAGCUGGCUCAACGGCACCAUCCACCCCAAUACCACCAUCUUCUACUACUUUCCUCACCUCCAAAGCCUCAACCUUGCUUUCAAUGACUUUGGUAUGUCUCCAAUCUCAUCUGAAUUUAGUCGAUUCACCAGAUUGACACACCUCAACCUCUCUCACUCUAGUUUUUCUGGCAAAGUCCCUAUAGAAGUCUCCUUCCUGAGCAAAUUGAUCUCUCUUGAUCUCUCUUACAAUGAUUUGAGGUUGGAAGAACCGGGAUUUGAAUUACUUGUUCAAAACUUAACCAAGGUAAGAGAACUUAAUCUUAGAGAUGUAAACAUAUCUUCAGUGGUUUCAAAUUCCUUGCUCAAUCUAACUUCUUUAACACUUCUCAAUCUUGGUUCGUGUGGAUUGCUUGGAAAAUUUCCUGACGGAAUAUUCCAUUUACCACAUCUGAAUGAGCUGAGUUUAUUCCAUAAUCUUGCUCUCACUGGUUAUUUUCCCGAGUUUAUAAACUCAAGCAGUCCUCUCCAGUACUUGGGGCUUUCAUCCACUAAUUUCUAUGGCAAAUUACCCGACUCAAUUGGGAAUUUGACUUCUUUAACACUUCUCGAUCUUAGUUUGUGUGGAUUGCUUGGAAAAUUUCCUGUCGGAAUAUUCCAUUUACCACAUCUGAAUGAGCUGCGUCUAUGGUAUAAUAUUGCUCUCACUGGUUAUUUUCCCGAGUUUAUAAACUCGAGCAGUCCUCUCCAGUACUUGGACCUUUCACACACUAAUUUCUCUGGAGAACUACCUGACUCAAUUGGGAAUUUGAAGUCCUUGAAAUUGUUGAUUGCUUAUGAUUGUAAAUUUUAUGGAUCCAUCCCCACGUCGCUCGGAAACCUUACGGAAAUGACUGAUUUAGACAUCGGAUAUAACAAUUUCACUGGCAUGCUUCCGUCUUCACUUUCAAACCUUGGAAAUCUCGUCUCCUUGAAAGUUUCAGGUAAUAAUUUUGAAGGUAUAAUUUCAGAUUUUUUACCCAACAGUGAAAAUCUUCAUUAUUUAGAUAUUGGUUCGAAUAACUUCGGCGGUCCAUUCCCAUCAUUGGUUGCAAACCUAACAUCACUGGCUGAGUUAGAUUUGUCGUAUAAUCAGCUAAGAGGACCUCUUCCAUCACAAAUAAUUGGAUUUCCAAAUCUAACGUUGUUAAGUUUAGAUGAUAACUUAAUCAGUGGUACAAUUCCAUCUUGGGUCUUCAGCUUACCAGCAUUGAAUCAAUUAAGCAUCCGUAAUAACAAAUUGACUGGGCAUGUAAAAGAGUUCAAAUCCACUAAUUUAGUUCAUGUUGAUUUGAGCAAUAACAACCUACAUGGUAGGUUUCCAAGUUCAACCUUCAAACUCGUGAGCCUUAUUAGUCUCAUUCUUUUGUCAAAUAACUUCAGUGGUAAGCUAGACAUGCUAUGUCAUGCAAUUUCCCUUCAAAUUCUUGUCCUGUCUAAUAAUAGCUUCAAUGGUGCUAUUCCACAAUGUUUAGGAAAUUUAGGUUUCUCUGUGCUCGAUCUGGGGAAGAAUAAUUUUUCUGGCACCAUUCCUAAUACAUUUGUAAAGGGAAAUCACUUUGAUACUAUCAACCUUAAUGGAAAUGGAUUUGAGGGGACAAUACCAAAAUCUUUAGUCAAUUGCAAAAAUCUACGAGUGCUAGAUCUUGGAUGUAACAAGUUCUCCGACAAAUUUCCAUAG